GCUUCGGGUGGAAAGAAAGGGGGCGGAGGGGAGGCGGUGACUGGUUUGAGGAAGUUGAUUAUAAUAGAGUGAGAGAAACGCACAGAGGGAGAGAGAGAGAGAGAGAGAGAGACACACACACACACACACACACACAACUGACUGUACGCGGUCCUGCACUGAGCUCUCUGGGCAGUCGCGGGGAGUUAAUCGGCUCUGAAGAAGUUCACAGCAAAGCGAUCCUACGGGGACUCGCUUCGCUGAAACGAUAUGGGCGGCUCGGUAUCAAGUCUGGACGAGAAUAGAUGCACUUAUAUCAGAGGCAAGUCGGAGGCCGAGCUGAAGAACUUCAGUCCACAUUACCAGCGGCAGUACAAUGUGGCCUUGUUCAACAGUAUACGAUGCGAAAUCGAGCAAGAGAGGCAACCACAGCCCCAGCUGCUGCAUCGCAAGCAGUCGUUGGAAGUUGAGCAGGUGGUGUACGAAGGGGAAGUGACACAAUAUGCUGAAGAACUCAAGAAAUGGAAAGACCGAUACGUCGUGGUGAAAAACGACAGCAGCAUUGAAUGCUUUGAAAACCGAGAUGCCUAUCAGAAGGGACAAGCCAUGAAAUGCAAACUGAUUCCAACUGGCUGCAAAGUCUUCACGUCCAUGACUAAAUACUCCUCACUGGUGGAUAGAAACUUUCCUGACCCAAGUGGUAAUGAGAAGGAAGCCAGCCAGUGCUUUCUUGUUAACCACACCGAGUACCCUGUUUACCUGUGGCACCCUUACCGAAAGCACUGCUACUUCUGUCUCGAGAGUGCGGAGGCACAGCAGGAGUUUGGGGCCUUCCUUUGUGACUGUAUCCGGCACCUCGAUCAUGAGUGCUUAGAUCAGAGUUUAUUCGAAGUUCAAGCAUUUUUAGAAGGGAUUCAAUUCUUCAGGCAAGAAAAAGGCCACUAUGGAUCCUGGGAAAUGCUUGCUGGCGAUAAAACCCUGAUUCUGAGUAAUCUGGUGAUGGAAGAACUGCUGCCCACACUCCAGAGUGACAUCCUGCCAAAGAUGAAAGGGAGGAGAAAUGAAAAGAAGAAGACCUGGUUCGGUAUUGUGGAGCAUGCUUAUACUAUAGUACAAGAGCAGCUGGGUGAAGGGUUGCAGGCCCUAGAGGAGGAGUGCAAAAAAUCGAGCACUGACCUGGAAGGGAGAAUACGAUCAGAUAUGGAUCAGAUCAUCUCCUCAAAGGACUUUAUGGCUGGCAAACUUCGAGCCACAAUCAUCGAAAAGAUAGACGAGAGUUAUGUUCAGAACGUUAAACCCUACCUGGCUUCCAUACUGGAAGAGUUGAUGGGACCCAUCAGCUCUGGAUUUAGUGAAGUUCGAUCACUCUUUGAAACUGAGGUCAAUGAAAUGAGCAAAAAAUUCCAAGGCUCUUCUGGUGGCGAGAAACUGAAAGAGAACCUUGCUCCACUGCUGAACUUGCCUUUGAAUGGGAUCAAGAUGCAGCUGUGCUACAGUAAAGUUCACCUUCUUCAAGACCAGCAUGGGGAGAUGAACAACUCUUUCAAGUUCGUCAAUACAGAGAGCCUCAUUCAGAGAACCCAGAACAUCAUGCAAGAGUUGAUGGACAAUGCAGUCUUCACGUUUGAACAACUCUUAUCAGAUUCACUGAAGACUGAUCCGUCAAAAAUUGCAACAUCCAUAGAAAAGGUUAAGCAACGAGUGUUAAAGCAAUAUGACCACGACAGCAGCACAGUGAGGAAGAAGUUAUUCCAAGAUGCGCUGGUGGAGAUCAGCAUGCCAUCGCUGCAGAAAGCCUUGGCUCCGAGUUGCAAACCUGAACUUCAGAAAUUUGAGCAAUACGUCUUUGCAGAUUACACCAGCCUCAUACAAGUGGAGAACGUCUAUGAAGAAAUCUUGCUUCGGAUACUUUUGAAGGAUGUUGUGAAAGUGGUGAAAGAAGCUGCCAGCUUGAAGAAGCAUAAUCUGUUUGAUGACCAAGUGGUUUAUACCAGUGAUAGCGAGGGCAAUCUCACAGAUAAAAUCAAGGGCAAGAGCCCAAUGGGAUCCCAGUCAGGAAGCCCUGCUAAAGUCUUACCUGAGAGUUCACCUGCUGAAGGCCCAGAAAGUGGGGGAAAGGUGGUCUCCCAAGCUGCCACUGCUCUCAAUAUUCCUUCACCCACAUCUGAUUCCUCGCUGAAUGGGAAGCAAGUGUGUGAAGAGCAGUCGGUCUCUCAGCAGGCUCCAUGUGCUGAAAUUCUACGCACCACAUCUGACUCUGAACAGAAUGGAGAAUCAGUUAUCAUUGAAUCAGAUUCCACUCGGCUCCAAGAAACAGUUUGUGCCAUAAUAGCACAUCAGGAAGUUGAAGAACCCACGACUCUGGAUCACAAGAUAGAUAAUGAGGCUCUAGUGGGAAGUGAAUGCCAAAAUAGGCAAGUAGUUGAAAAACAGGAAGAAGGAAUAACCUGCAGUACUGCUCCAGACAGUUUAAAAGAAAUACAGAACUUGUUAACAGUGGCAAUAGUACCAGUGGAUGAUCUCUCCACAAGUCAAGAUGAGGGAGUUGGAAAAAAAGAGUCUUUGCAGUCGAAAACAAAUGCUGAUAACCAUAUUGAAGAAUGCCUCAAUCUUGUUACAGAAGUGUCACCAAACGUGGCUGAAGAUCUUAAAGAUGAGGGUAAAGAAGAUAAUGUGGAAUAUCUGGCAUCAACACUCAUGGAACAUGUGGAAAGUGAGAAAGAUGCAUCUAAGGAAAUUGUGAUGGCAACAUUUGAACAUGUGAAGAGUGAGAGAGACGAGGAGUCUAAGGAAGUGUUAGUGCCAACAGUUCAAGAUGUAGAAUGUGUACUAGAUGAAGGGCCUAAAGUAUUUGCAUCAAUUAGUGAACAUGUGGAAUGUGAGAAAGAAGAGGAGUCUAAGGAAGAGUUGGUGCCAACAGUUGAACAUGUGGAAUGUGUACUUGAUGAAGGGCCUAAAGUAUUUGCAUCAAUUAGUGAGCAUGUGGAACGUGAGAAGGAAGAAGAGUCUAAGAAAGAGAUGGCACCAACAGUUGAGCAUGCAGAUGGGGAGGACGAUGAGUCCAAGCAAGUUUUACUGUCAACAACUGAACAUGCGACAGGUGAGAAAGAUGAAGAGUAUAAAGAAGAAGUGACAUCAACGGUUGAACAUGUGGAAACUAAAACUAAUGAGGAGUCUAAGGAAGUCUCGAUACUAAUGACCGAUGAACAUGUGGAAUGUGAUACAGGUAAUGAAUCUGAAGAAGUAUUACCAACAGUUCAACAUCUGGAAACUGAAACAAAUGAGGAACUGAAAGAAAACUUAAUUUCAAUAGUUGAAAAUGUAGAAAGUACGAAAGCCGAGGGGCCUAAAGAAGAGUUAGCAUCAGCAGCUGAACAUGUGGAAAGUGAAAUAGAUAAAGGCCCUGAUGUCUUUAUAACAAUCAGUGAACAGGUGGAAUGUGAGAAAGCCGAAGAACCUAAAGGAGAGUUGACAUCACAGAUUGAACAUGUGGACUGUGAGAAAGAAGACUUGACACCACAGGUUGAACAUGUGGACUGUGAGAAAGAAGACUUGACAUCACAGGUUGAACAUGUGGACUGUGAGAAAGAAGACUUGACAUCACAGGUUGAACAUGUGGACUGUGAGAAAGAAGAGUUGACAUCACAGGUUGAGCAGGUGGAAUGCGAGAAAAUUGAAGAACUGAAAGAGUUGAUAUCACCAGUUGAACAGGUGGAAUGUGAGAAAGAAGAGGCGUCUAAAGAAGAAUUGGCGUCACCAGUUGAAUGUGUGGAAGGUGAAGUAAAUGAAGGACCUGAAGUCUUUGAAUCAAUUAGUGAACUUGUGGAAUGUGAGAAAGAAGAGGAGUCUGAAAGAGAAGACAUGCCAUCAGACGUAAAUGAACUUUUGCAGACUUGCACUGAUCACUCUGAGACAAGCAAUACUCUUUCAGCAACUGCUCCACUGUUACACGAACAAGAAAUUUGUCAAACAAGCACAACAGAUAUCGAAGUAACUCUCGUCUCUGAAGCUGGUGUCGAAAGACAUGAGGAGUUUUCUCAGGCGCAGGUCACGAUUGAUGUAGACACAAAGCCCAUGGAAACAGCUGGGAGGCAAAAAAGCGAACAUGCUUUCAGUCCACAAAAUGAAUCAAUCGCAGUACAAGACGACCUUGAAGAAAAGCAGCCUGAAGCUCAAUCUUUAUAAAAAAAUGUUAAUCUGAGGUGACAAAGAAGCUAAAAGCUUUGUUCCCACUAGGUUUGAGGUACUUACAAACCUCUUUGCAAUGGUCAAAGUUUCUGAAUAUCCACUAACCACCCCUUCCAGUCCUUGGUCAAGAAAUGGGAUAUCAUUUUUGCAGCAUAUUCAACAUGGGAAAAGGGCAAAUUAUAUGGUGUAUUUUCUUUCAACUAGUCUUUGUCACCGCAUCGGAUUCAGGGAGGCAAGUGGAGACAGCGUUUCGAAGAUAAACUUUAAACGAUCCAUACAAAACUGUAGAUAAACCAUACACAGCAGCGGCUACAAGAAAUGAUCCAAGUAAAGGGGAAAAAACAUUGAGCUGGCAGGAAGCAGCUUUGAAAAACUUUACAUGAAUGAAUAGACUUAAAGCACAAAAGAAAUUACAUUUAUUCAUGUUUUGAGGAAGAACAGAAGAUUAAAUGCCUAGUUUUCUUUUAAACCUUCCGAAACUAGCAGAGACAGUAACGUGAAAAUGUUCUGCAUGAUCAAAGUCCCGUUUCUAACAUCAAGUUUUGUAUUAUAUCUAGAAUAUUGUGACCUGCUGGACUUAAAUUUAUAGCGUUGGUUUGUUUACUACUGUUGCUUAGACUGAUUUAUACAUUGUCGGUACUGGAAUCUUGCCUGCUUGGAAUACUGUCAACACGCAACGUGGAUUUUUAACCACUUUAUUACAUAGCGUAAUUUAUUCAGCAGUGAAUCCAGUAUAACAUCAGAUACAAAGCGAGACCUAUAAAGAAGUCUAGAAUCCAGAGUCACACCAGUACUCAUUUCCCCAAGUGGUGCCUUGGUACCACUAGUUUUUAUUUUGUUGAGAGGGCGAGGGUUGUCCCCACGUAGUAGAUAUAUGGAAUGGACAUCCAACAGAAGAUAUUAAUGCUUUAUCAAAUAACUUCUUUUAAAAACAUACCUGGUUAGUAUUUGCUUGAGAGCAUUGUUGGAAGAUAUAAGAAUUAAUCAAUAUUCCAUUGGGAUUUCUGUGUUGCUGGGGCUAAGGAAGGAAUGCUGUCUAUGGGAGAAAGGCAGCAGGAAUGAAUAGACAAAAUGUGAAGAUUGAUGACUAUUCUUGAGCUUUAUUAGUACCUUUGGGAAUUAAGAGAUUGGCAGAGUGGGGUGGAGUAGAGUCACAGUGAGCUUUGUGUGCUCUGUCAGAGGAAAUGGGCUUGAUGUGCCAAAUAGCCUUUUUAUGUUCCACUCUCUUUUAUAUUCUUAAUUAACUGCUUGAAGUAUAUCUGUACAUCAGGUCUUACCAUUGUCUUGGUGUCAGAGUUAUGUGACACCUUAUCGCUGACAAGUUUUAACAAUCUUAAAACGCCACAUGAUUUGUUUUCUGUUAUCUUUUGCAUUACUGCUAAUGGGAGUUGCACAAAACAAUGAUCACAACCUGGAUUCAGUGGGCACAAGCUCAAUCACUUGAAAUGCUAAUAUCAAAGGAAAACUAACAAUGCCAAGUAGGAUACUAUUGAUCCAGCCUACAAUAUUACCAUACAGUGUCUGGAUCUCAUUGUGUUUAAAAACUCUACUGUUAGUUUCUUUAGCCAGGGAUCUGAGAAGUGAGAUGUGGAUUAGGUGAAUUGAGACAAAAGUUCUACAUUUCCGAUUCAAAGCUGUUAAACUAAAUCUUCAUUAUAAAAGGCGCUAAUCAAAUGUAAUUUUGUUGUUGUGCAAUAAAGUAACUGCUCUAACUAGCUGAAAUGGUACCAUACAACAAUUCCAUGAUUAAGGUAACAAAGCAAGUUGUUCACAUUAACUUUAAAGAGGAGCAAAGGCGGGUGUGGGAGUCAUAGGAUUUACUCCAACAUUGUCCUACUCAGUACUCAGAUGAAACAAGUAAAAGAAGGGUUGGAACUCUAACCUCUAGCGUUUUGGUAAAGAAGUAUUAUUAUAAUAAUAAUUCUCCAUUUGACGUAGUGCCUUAUCACAUCAUCAAGAUGUCUCAAAGCGUUUCAAAAGAUUGUACUGUGCGUGCAGUAACUGUGUAUUGGCAGGCGAACUCGGUAGCCAAUUUGCGACAGCAAUGUCCCACAAACGGUCAUGAAGUGAGAGACCAGUUUUAUUUCUGGGCAAUUGUUGCCCAGGAUGCCAGGAGAAACUCUCUUUAUCCCUAUAAAGCACUAAAUAAAGAUGGAAGCUACAGAGUUUUUUUUAGCUUUAAGCCACCAGUUAGAUUUAGAUGAACCGAACAUGACAGAAAUUAAGCUGUAUUGACUUGUAAGUGUGUCAAAGUGUCUCCUAUCACUAGAUUAGCUAUGUGUCAUAAUCGUAAUAAAUCCUUUCUCUUAGAUACUAACUAAAGAGAAAAGAUGAUUCACGUGAGACAAGGUACUUUGUAAUGCACCUGACAUCCAAAAUUCCACCUGGACUUUGCCUACAAGACAAUUUUGUCUUAAAAUUUAAGUUUCUUUUUAUGACUAAGGCAGACUUUAAGAAUUCUCCAUGAUUCUGUGCAAUGCUAAAUUUUAAAGUUUUAAAAAAAAAUUAAAUUUUAAAUUGAAAAUUAAAUUUGAAAUCACUCAAUUUUAAGUGGUCUUUCAGGUGGAAUUUUGUGCCUUCUGAGGCCUUCACUUUGGAUUGUUGGUGACAGGAGGAUUAUUUAAAUUGUUACCACAGCCCCCAUUGUAACUAACAGCCAUUUACAUUAAUAUAACACCCUUUGUGUGGGGUAGCACUUUGGUUUAAUUGAACCAAUUUGAUCCUGUGAAGAUUGGCAGUGGAAAAGUCGAUAUGGUUCUGUAAAGCAGAGAUGGAAUGGAAGAGGACAUGAGUGAAGGAAUCUUUUACUGCACAGGCAGAUCUGCAAGAAGGAAAGGAACCCUGAAAAUAUCUUUGUAUCUCUGUAUUUAGCUUCUUCAUAGAAUCUUCAUGACUUGUUUGGACUAAUUUAAUGUGGGUUAUUGUAUAAUAGACUCAAAUGGUAUUACCGAAAAAAUGCUUUAAUCUUUAAUCAUUUAAUUACCAAGUUUUCAAACUGUACGUGGUUAUUUUGUUGCCAUGACUUUGUAUGUCAAAAAACCUAAAUCUUCGGGCUGUUUAGACCUUAAUUGUUAUUUUUAAUGAAAGAAUUAUCAUAAAUAAAACAAUUGAA